AUAUUUCAGUUUUAUUUUAAAAAUGUGUUAUCUACAAUACAAAGGUCAGUAAAUCCAACACGCAACUUGAUUGUCCGACGGUCUUUGAAAGCGUCACCUGAUUGGCGGCACCUGCGUGUUUCAGAUUAACGGCUAAAACGACUUAUUUACACUUAAAUUUUGAAGCUACACGGCGAAGCGUUUUCUUUCAACUUGAAGUUGUGAAAGGAGUAUCAAACUUUCUACAGGAGUAAGUUAUUUAAUUCAAAUUAAGUAAGUUGUGCCAAUUUACUCUCAUGGUAAGUCGGCUAACGGUAGCUAAGUGUGUUUUAAAAAGUAGCUAAAGAUACCGAGAGCAAAGUAGCUUCAGUUUUAAAAUGGCGGUUAGGAGUUAGCUAUAGCUGUAAAUUUUAUCUACGGUUAGCUUCUGGAUUCAACACUGGAGGAGGCAAUGAUGCACGUGAGCCACCAGGAGGCCAGCCAGCUGCUCCAUAACAAGUUCAUUGUGGUGUUGGGAGACUCCAUUCAGCGGUCUGUAUACAAGGACCUUGUUCUGCUGCUGCAACAGGAGAAAUAUAUCAGUGCACAACAACUGAAAACCAAGGGGGAGAUGAGCUUCGAAAAUGACUGCCUGGUGGAAGGAGGCUGCCUGAGCCAAAUGCACAAUGGGCGUAACUACAGAGAGGUCCGGCAGUUUCAAUCAGACCACCAUCUGGUCCGCUUUUACUUUGUGACACGCAUCUACUCGCACUACAUGCAGAGCAUCCUAGAGGACUUCCAACAUGGCAUGAAACCAGAUGUUGUCAUUGUCAACUCCUGCGUUUGGGAUAUUUCAAGAUACAGUUCCAGGUGGAUCAGUGACUACAAGGAGAACCUAGAGAAGUUCUUUGGCAAGCUAAGGGACAUUAUGCCAGAAGAGACACUGAUUAUAUGGAAUCUCACCAUGCCCCUAGGGGAGAGGAUCAGAGGUGGCUUCCUGGUGCAAGAGAUUGAACACAAAGCCGCCCAGCUGCGUUACGACGUCGUCGAAGCCAACUUCUACAGUGGGACUCUGGCCGAUGAGUAUGGAAUGGACGUGUUGGACCUCCACUUCCAGUUCCGUUUCUCCUUGCAACAUCGUACAAAGGAUGGAGUCCACUGGAACGCCCUCGCCCACCGCAGGAUAACCACUCUUCUGCUGCAGCACAUUGCAGAGGCCUGGGGGGUGAUUUUGCCCAGUACCUUGACAUCUGAUGAGCACACUGAAGCUACUGAUCAGCAGCCAGCCCGUGGUCGUGCUCCAGAACUCACAGGUGCUUCAAACUACUACUACCCUCCGCCGGGAAAUCUUUUUUCUAACACUGGGCGUUACGAGGAGUCCUACAGUGAUUCUUUGCCUGUGAGCUCCAUGCACUUUGAAACUCCCAGAGGUCACGUCCCACUGCAGCCUCUCCUGCAAGCCCAUCACCAUGAAUACAGACAGGAUAGACAGGACUGGGACUACAGGUCUUCCAACUACCUGUACAGACCGAGCCAGGCAUACAUUAAGAGGAGCCGGAACAACCGUCAACACUAUACUCCAUACACAAACACCAAAACAAGCAAAUACUCACAUCAUCAUUAUUACUGAAGUGUUCACAAGCUUAGUCCACUAUUUAGCAUUUGUUGUGCUUCAGUUGUUGCUUUAGUGGAACUCAACUUUUUUUUUUCACCAGCUCUCUUAAAUUUUGAAUUUUGACAUAUUUUUAAUUGUGCAAUCUUUUUGCGUCAGUUGCUUCACUUCAUUUAAGCUGACUAAAAUUUCAGGAUCGCACUGUUUGACUUAUUUUAAAAUUCACUUUUUACAAUUGAGCGUUAUGUCAUACCUUAUUUUAACACAAUGGUUCUAGUAGUCUCUUCACUGGUCAGGUAUGGUAUAGAUUUUUUUUUCCUUAUAGGCUUUAAGACUUAUUUCAACAUUCAUUAUCAUUAGUGAUUUUCUGUGACAUGUAAAAUCAGAAGUGGUUGAGAAACUGCUUUGGAUCUGUUUUCCCAGGCCAGUAACGAUACAAUAAAAAACUUUAUUGAUUCUGGUUGACCAAACUGAACACUGCUCAAUUUUGAGAAUCCUCAUUCAUAAGAGCUGGCAUUGGACCUUCAAAUUAGACUGCAAACUUCAGGAGCGUUUUUUUUGUGUGUCAAAACAUGUUAAACGUGUUAGAUAAGAACUUCAAUAAAUGACAUUUUUUGC